AUGGUGUUUACUGAAGCAGAAAUAGGUGCAAUGACUAAAUAUUAUGUGAAGCAAGUCUAUAACAAGCUGGCAGGUAAUAGACCUAAGGUCCAUUGGGACAGAUUGGUGUGGAAUAGGCUUAAUACCCCAAAGCACAGGUUUAUUUCUUGGCUAGCAAUCCAAUCCAGGUUGCAAACUACAGCUAAAAUGGCUAAAAUUGGUAUUAGUAGCUCUGCAAGCUGUUUAAUUUGUGGACAGAAUGAUAAGGAUCACCAUCAUCUUUUCUUUGAUUGCUUUUACAGCAAGCAAUGUUUGGUAGCAAUGAAGGCAUGGUUGGGGAUCAACACUACUGCUGUUGAUUUACAUCAUCUAUAUAGAAGCAUCAAGCAUGGAAGACACACCAAAUUCAGGAAGCAGGUGUACUAUGCAGCAAUUGUGGCUCUAGUGUACCUAAUCUGGAGAUGCAGGAACACUAGUCUAUGGGAUCAGUUGGUUCCUGCUGUUAAAGUUACAGUUGGUACUAUGAAGCAAACUGUGAAGAGUAGAAUUCAAGCAAUCUUGCCUAAGUAUGUAAACAGGAAAGACAAUAGUUGGUUUGUGAGCUUAUAA